GCGUGGAGGCGGAGCCUCGCGUCCGCCGCGCAAACCCUCCCCUUGCCUUCUGACGGCAUUUCCCAUGGCUGACACAGCUUCUCCUCACUGUUUGGGCCCGAGUGCCCGGGCCUCCAGCACCCACCGGAAGGCUGCAGGUACUAAACAGACAAGGGCCCUCAAGCCAGAAGAUGCUUCCAGAAGGCUAGCGGAACUCGAAGCCGCAGUGCAGAGGAAGGUGGAGUGUGAGAGGAAGGCUGUGCGCAUCGUCGAGCAGCUUCUGGAAGAAAAUAUCACAGAGGAAUUCCUAAAGGAGUGUGGGAUGUUUAUCACACCAGCUCACUACAGCGACGUCGUGGACGAGAGGGCCAUUAUCAAACUCUGUGGCUAUCCUUUAUGUCAGAAGAAGUUAGGAGCUAUACCGAAACAGAAAUAUAAAAUUUCUACUAAAACCAAUAAAGUCUACGAUAUUACUGAAAGGAAGUCUUUCUGCAGCAAUUUUUGUUACAGAGCAUCUAAGUUUUUUGAAACACAAAUUCCGAAAACUCCAGUAUGGGUUCGAGAAGAAGAGAGGCCCCCCGACUUCCAGCUGCUGAAGGAAGGACAAAGUGGCCGCUCUGGGGAAGUCGUCCAGUUCUUCAGUGACGCCGUCACAGCAGCAGACAUUGAUGGUCCUGGUGCCCGUGGGGCCCAGAGUGAAGCCACAGCUCCCAGCGCUUGGUGUGAUCACACCACAGAUGAUGAGCAAGACUUCGUCUCUUCGCUUCUCCCCGGACACGGACCAAGGGCAGCAGACACGAGGCCACAGCCGCACAGAGAGAGCAGCAUAAGCAAGAAGAAAGCUGGUCAGAGAGUGACCUCCAGGCGCAGAGAGCAGACAGUGGCAGAUGUCACGGAGCGGCUGGGUAACUGUAGACUGGGGGGUCAGGAGGAAGUGUCUGCCUGUGAGCUUCCUUCCGAGAGAGAAAGUACGCAGAUUUCCUCACCUGGCCCUUCAGCAGCUUCCGACAGUAGACACAGUGUGUCAGAAGUCUCUCUGGUAGGGAUAAGCAAGAAAAGUGCUGAGCAUUUCAGGGUCAAAUUUGCCAAGUCUAACCAAGGGUCUGGGCCAGCCUCUGCCAAGGCAAGGUUACUUCGAGUUCUGAAGGACACCUUGACCGAAUGGAAGACAGAAGAAACGUUGAAGUUUUUGUAUGGCCCAGAUCAUGCCUCCGUGUGCCCGAUACCGCCUUCAGCCCCUGUACCCCAUGAAGAGCUCGAUGAAGAUGACCUGAGUUGUGGUCCUGCCGUGAGCCAACCCCAGAACAGCUUAGAUGAGACACUCCCCUUCAGAGGCUCAGACACGGCCAUGAAGCCACUGCCAAGUUACGAGAGCUUGAAAAAAGAAACGGAAAUGCUGAAUCUGAGGGUCAGGGAGUUCUACAGAGGACACUAUGUUUUAAAUGAGGAAACCACCAAGUCGCAGGACCCAGGAGAGAAUGGUUUUCAGCGUGAUACCAGCUUCCCACUGAUUGAUUCAAGUUCCCAGAACCAGAUUAGAAGACGGAUUGUUCUUGAGAAAUUGAGCAAAGUAUUGCCUGGACUUUUGGGUCCUCUUCAGGUCACAAUAGGUGAUAUUUACUCUGAACUUAAAAGCCUUGUCCAGACUUUCAGAUUAUCAAACCGAAACAUUAUCCACAAGCCCGUGGAAUGGACUUUGAUCGCUGUGGUAUUGCUGACAUUAGCAGAGGCUGACAGUCAUCUUCCUCAUCCGCUGCCCACCACUGCUGCGCUCGAUUGGACCACUGUCAUUAAAUUCUAGUUUGUGACGCAGAAUAAGACCGAGCCAGUGCUGGUGAGAAAUCUAGAAGGUCCCGACCAAAACUGGCAGCCAAAGGAAAGGCGUCCAGAACAAAUCCACUGGGCCGAGUCUCUGUACCGUGAGUGGGGAUUGAGUUUCCUCAAGGAAAGUCUGCCAGGUUCCUUGAGGCUUGGGCUGCCCAGGGAGGAGGCGACUGCUCACUCUCUCAGAGAGAAGACACAGGCACGCGGUUUCUCUAAUGGAAAGCUUUCAAGGCAUCUCCAGAAGUGUCUGCUUUCAUUUUAUUUAUCCGAACUGGCUGUUUCCAGUGAACUGUGGUCUGUUUGUAGUCAGAGUCCAUUCGGUAGUUUAUCCCUCUAAAAGCUUUGAGUAUUCCCAUCGUUUGGGGAGCAGCAUGUAAGUCCUGGAAAAUGGUAUUUUAAACAAGCUCCGCUUGACCAUGGUCUCUAAAGGAAAGCCAUCAGGACACGCAGUCGCUUUAAGGAGUCCUCUGGAGAACCACUUCCUGGGGCUGCGGGGCACGCGUGGAGAGAGGUGACUGAAGCUUUUUACCCUUGCCCACCAUUCCGUUUCCUCUUAAGCUCUGUGCGUGCACCUUGAAAACAGAGCUGGUUCAUUCGCCAUGUGUCGGUUCUUAGAAAUGUUCCUCAGUCCCGAUCUCCCUCACCAUUCCAGAUCAACUUUGGUAUUGGAGGCCAUAGUUAAAGACUGCUGGAAAUAUUUUUCUAUAUUUUAUAAUUAUGGAAUUUUGUAAUUGACUUUCUUGAGAUAAAAUGCACAAAUGAAAUUCCCAUUUUAAUGUUUAUAUAGUUCUGCGUGUUAGUUUAUUUGCUAUAUUAGGCCAUGGUCAGUACUGUCUAAUAACAGAACAGUCUGUCAGCCCAGACAGAAACCUCACAUGACGUCAGCCUUGACUUCUCCUUCCGACACCCUCUUAUCUCUUGCUAUCAAAUGGCCACUUACCUAUUUACCUGUUGUGAAUAUUUCAAAUCAGUGAAGUCAUACAAGACACGGUUGUAUCUGGCUUCUUUCAUUUAAUGUAGUAGCAUAUAACGGCCUUUGUGUGUGGCCAGAUAACGUGCCAUGCUGCAGAUGUACUGCGUGCCUCUGCUGCGCCUUUGCUGCGGAUGUACUGCACGCCUCUGCUGCGCCUUUACUGUGCAUGUACUGCACGCCUUUGCUGCGCCUUUGCUGCAGAUGUACUGCACGCCUCUGCUGCGCCUUUACUGUGCAUGUACUGCACGCCUUUGCUGCGCCUUUGCUGCAGAUGUUCUGUGCACCUCUGCUGUGCCUUUGCUGUGGAUGUACUGCACGCCUCUGCUGCGCCUUUACUGUGCAUGUACUGCACGCCUUUGCUGCGCCUUUGCUGCAGAUGUACUGCGCACCUCUGCUGCGCCUUUGCUGUGGAUGUACUGCACGCCUUUGCUGCGCCUUUGCUGUGCAUGUACUGCACGCCUCUGCUGCGCCUUUGCUGCGGAUGUACUGCACGCCUCUGCUGCGCCUUUACUGUGCAUGUACUGCACGCCCCUGCUUGGUUGUAUGGUGAUAGUAGUCAUCACUCUUGUGCCAUAAACAUCCAUGAGCAUGCUCUCCUGUGGACAUGUUCUCAGUUCGUUGGUUGGAUUCAUUGUACACAUUGCAGUUGAAUUGCUAGAUUUUGUUUAACCUUCUGAGAAACUGCCAGACUGUUUUCUGCGGCAGCUGCACUGGUCCUUGCUGUCACUGGCAGUGUGCAGGCAUUUCAGAGCUGAUCUGAGUUCUCACCCUCGCAGCCAGUCAACAUCAUGUGUGGUGCCCGCAGCCUUCUAUGGCAUAUGCUUGUCCCCAGCUGAAGAUGCUAUUUGGGGGGGGGAAGGAAGCUUAAGGAAUGGCUAACGGACAGUAGGUCAGCAAGGGUGGAGAGACUCAGAGCUGUCUUGUCCCUAGCCCCUUCUGUCUCCUGCUUCCCAGCCACCAGAACUCUAUUGCUCUGUCAUAAUGGAAUCAACUCUCUAAAACCAUGAGGAAAAAAGUAAUCCCUCCAUUUAAUUG